CUCGCUCGGCGCUCGGCUGGGGCGGCCUGGCCCACAAUGAAUGGCCGCCGCGGCUGCCGCUGCUGCUGAGGCGGAGGCCGCGGAGGCCGCGGAGGCGGAGGCCGAGGCCCCGGCGCAGCGGGGCGCGCCCCGGGCCCAGGCCCGGCCCCAGCCGCCGCUGCGGAGCCCGCCGGGACCCCCCGGAGCGCGGCCACGGCGCAGCCGCCGCCAUGGCCCAGACACUGCAAAUGGAGAUCCCGAACUUCGGCAACAGCAUCCUGGAGUGCCUCAAUGAGCAACGGCUGCAGGGCCUGUACUGUGAUGUGUCAGUGGUGGUCAAGGGCCAUGCCUUCAAGGCCCACCGGGCCGUGCUUGCUGCCAGCAGCUCCUACUUCCGGGACCUGUUCAACAACAGCCGCAGCGCCGUGGUGGAGCUGCCGGCGGCCGUGCAGCCCCAGUCUUUCCAGCAGAUCCUCAGCUUCUGCUACACGGGCCGGCUGAGCAUGAACGUGGGUGACCAGUUCCUGCUCAUGUACACGGCUGGCUUCCUGCAGAUCCAGGAGAUCAUGGAGAAGGGCACCGAGUUCUUCCUCAAGGUGAGCUCCCCGAGCUGCGACUCCCAGGGCCUGCACGCGGAGGAGGCCCCAUCGUCGGAGCCCCAGAGCCCCGUGGCGCAGACAUCGGGCUGGCCAGCCUGUAGCACCCCGCUGCCCCUCGUGUCGCGGGUGAAGACGGAGCAGCAGGAGUCGGACUCCGUGCAGUGCAUGCCCGUGGCCAAGCGGCUGUGGGACAGUGGCCAGAAGGAGGCCGGGGGGGGCGGCAAUGGCAGCCGCAAGAUGGCCAAGUUCUCCACGCCGGACCUGGCUGCCAACCGGCCUCACCAGCCCCCGCCACCCCAACAGGCUCCGGUGGUGGCAGCAGCCCAGCCCGCCGUGGCCACGGGAGCAGGGCAGCCGGCCGGUGGGGUGGCGGCAGCAGGGGGUGUGGUGAGUGGGCCCAGCACGUCGGAGCGGACCAGCCCAGGCACCUCAAGCGCCUACACCAGCGACAGCCCUGGCUCGUACCACAAUGAGGAGGAUGAGGAGGAGGACGGUGGUGAGGAGGGCAUGGAUGAGCAGUACCGGCAGAUCUGCAACAUGUACACCAUGUACAGCAUGAUGAAUGUCGGCCAGACAGGUGAGGUGCUGCCCUGUCCCCCUACCACCCAGCCACCCCUGCCCCUCUUGCCACUUGCACGCCACUCUCUCCCUGCAGCUGAGAAGGUGGAGGCCCUCCCGGAGCAGGUAGCCCCUGAGUCCCGAAAUCGCAUCCGGGUUCGGCAAGACCUGGCAUCUCUCCCAGCUGAACUUAUCAACCAGAUUGGGAACCGCUGCCACCCCAAGCUCUACGACGAGGGCGACCCCUCUGAGAAGCUGGAGCUGGUGACAGGCACCAACGUGUACAUCACAAGGGCGCAGCUGAUGAACUGCCACGUCAGCGCAGGCACGCGGCACAAGGUCCUACUGCGGCGGCUCCUGGCCUCCUUCUUUGACCGGAACACACUGGCCAAUAGCUGCGGCACCGGCAUCCGCUCUUCUACCAACGAUCCCCGUCGGAAGCCCCUGGACAGCCGCGUGCUCCACGCCGUCAAGUACUACUGCCAGAACUUCGCCCCCAACUUCAAGGAGAGCGAGAUGAAUGCCAUCGCGGCCGACAUGUGCACCAAUGCCCGCCGCGUCGUGCGCAAGAGCUGGAUGCCCAAGGUCAAAGUGCUCAAGGCUGAGGAUGACGCCUACACCACCUUCAUCAGUGAAACGGGCAAGAUCGAGCCGGACAUGAUGGGUGUGGAGCAUGGCUUCGAGAACGCCAGCCAUGAGGGCGAGGCGGGUCCCUCGGCCGAAGCCCUGCAGUAACCCGCCCGGCCUCAUGCGGGGCCGCACACUCCCCCUCCCAACACACACACAUACCCGCCAUCUUGGUCAUGAGCUACUGUCUGUCCCUCCCCAGGACCCGCAGUGGGUGCUGCAUGUUCCCGGCCCUCUGCCCCUCCUGUCCCACCCCCUUUCCCCACCGAGAGCUGGGCCGGGAGAGGACCGCAGGGCAGGUGGCGUGAGGUCCGUGUUGCCUUCUUUAACACACACUCGUGCAGUGGGGGAGUUCUGGCUCCCCAACCUAACCCCUAGCCGUCAUCUCCAUACUCACCAGGCCCACCAGGGGAGGGGGCUGGCCUGGGGGUCUUGGGAAGGCCCCUCCCCAGGCCCUGGGCCACCUCGAGGAAGCCUUCUUCAGCCUCCGCCCCUCACUGUAGCCCAUUGGGACUUGAGGGGGGCCCCAGGGGUUCUCAGGACCCCUCCCACCACCUCCCAGUGCUUCCACGUCUCCAAAAGCGCCUUCCUGUCACCCUUGUCUAUCCCUGCGCCUGGGGGCUGGGGUAGGCGAGGCCGUGGGGACUACCCAUUUUAUAGCUGGGGAAACAGGCUCCGAGAAAUUGCACAACCGACCUAAGGUGGCCGGCAGUGGCGUGCCCGGUGCCCUUUCUCCUCUUUUCCGCCUCUGUUGCCCCCUUUGGUCCUCUGGGGCCUCAGAGAGGCAGGUCCUAAAGGAGGGGGGGUCUCUUGGGGGCAGACCAAGGGUCUCGGAGGAUAGAAUGAGAGGUUUCCAGGGCUGGCAGAGUGUGUGCGUGUGUGUGUGCAGAAGUUUUGCUUUCAAACAAAUGAAGAUACAAGAGGCAGUAGGACCUGGGUUGGAACCCAGGGGAGCAGACUGGGGGGCUGCUGCCCCUCUCUCCAUCUCCCCACCCCCACCCCGCCCCACAGCAGGGCUCCUGGCCCCCACCCCCCUGUACAUAAUUUUUAAAACAUUUUUUUAGCGAAUGAAAUAUUGAAGUAUAAGAUUCCUUUUAUUUUUCAAACCAAUGGGGCUGUGUCUGUUGUCCCCCUCGGUCCCCAGGGGUGGGGGGGCCUUGGAAGGCAGGGUGGUGUUGGGGGGCUGGGGGGCAGGCUGAAUGUGUGUGUGUGUGGAGUGUGGGUGUGUGUUUCCAUGGUAGGACUCCAGUCCCAGCUGCUGCCUAGGCUCCUGUGGGUCCGACCGGGUUCCCCCUCCCCUGUCCACCUUUCCCAACAGGGCUAUAGUUUAAGGGUGUCCCAGGCCUUGGCUGGUUGGCUGGGCCCAGCUCCUGGGGGCUGGGCAGGGCAGGGCAGGGCCGGGUCCACUUCCAUUGUUAGCAGUUGUUUGCAGAAUUUUCUCUUUUACCAUUCCUCUCUUUUUGUUCUCGCCCUGAGUGGGUGGUUUUUUGUUUUAGAUUUUCAUGUGAAGGCAGAAAGUUUUUUUUCUUUUUUAACUCCCCAUCCCCCUAUGCGGGGUGUCACUUCACCAUCCACAUCCACAUCCUUGUUUGCGUUUCUGGCCCUCGUCCUCCCUGCCUCUCCUCUGCCUCCCCAACCCCCGCUACCCGCUGCUCCCAGGGGUCUCUCCAGGGGCAGGGGAUUUCAGGAGAUGGGGUGGGGGCGAGCCCCUACUGGACCCUUGUAAUCUGAUUUGGAGACCACCCCCAUGAUGGGACCAGCAGCCUCGCCAGCCCACUGGGGGGUCCCUCUUAACAUCUGCUUGUUGCGGGGGUCAGUCAUGAGUGCCAGGGUCUGGCUGGGGUCUUGGCACUGUCUUCCUGGCCGGGGCCUGGCACCUUAGCCCCCAGCCGGCCCGAGUGGGGGAUAUCGACACCCCCAGCUAAAGCACAAGCACCUUAGUCACCCCUCCUCUCCCCCCGCCUCCUGGCCUGCCACCCCACCCCAGCGUUCACCCCAAAGCACAAUGCCCUGGUCACUUGGCAAGCGGCUGGGCCUGACGGAGGCCGAGGGGCAGACCGGGGCUCCAGCCAGACCCCCGAAAGGAAGCAGGUGCUCCCCCACUUCCAGGCCUUAGUUGGGGCGGGGGAGGGGCCAGCUCCUGGGCCUGGGGUCUUCUCACCCCCACCCCCUUGUCCUGGGUAGGCCCCUACCUGCCCCUCUCUGCCUUUUCCUCGGGUGUCCCUCCUCGAGUCCCUGCGGCACUGGCUUGGGUGGCAGAGCCCACUUGUUUCAGGGACCCCAGGAGGUGCCCCUUGGCUCCCGUGACUGUGUGUGGGUCUGGGGGGUGGGGGGAUGGGGAGAAGGGUCGGGCAGGGGGUGCAGGGGAGGAAACUCCUCACCAGGAGAGCCAAAGACAGGGUUGUGCCUUACCCCAGGAGUCACCCCUGUGCCCCACUUGCCCUGCCGUUCACCCUCCACCCCUCCCCCCGGGCGGCCUGCUGCUUUUUCCUUCUCUUUCUCCCCUGCCCUGCCCUGAGCUGCAUGGUUCCCCCACCCUGGGCAGCCAGGAAGGAAUCUGAAUGGAGAAUCACCAACCACCACAGAAAAAAGACUGUGGGGCCCUCCCCUGCCAACUCCCCUUCCCUGGCCGCCCACUCACCCACACCUCUUUCACGCAGGACAGGCUGCCCACCCUGCCCACGUGAAGUGCCAACGCCUUCCCCACCCUGGGCCGAGCCCCCCCCUCCCUGGGCCCCCGAGUGAGAUUGCACAUUUAACUACUGUAAGGAGAGGAGCGGCGUUGGCAAAUGUGAACCAUGAGAAUAUCAGUGACACUGAUGAGAAUAAACUAAACGCCUUUACCAGCCUGGGCCGAACCCCCC